AGUUUUAUACGUGGCGGGUGACAUGGCAACUUUAGCUAGACGCGCCGGGCAAAAUCGGAGAGAAGCUAAGCGACGCCGGAGGCACCGUCUCCGGAGAGGAUAAUGGCCGGAAUCUGUUACUGUCCACCGCUUCCUCCAUCUCUAUCCCCCAAGACUGUAUCCGUCAUAAGAUGCUUCUCAAGCUCACCGGAGAAUUCUAAUGGUAGCAGGAAGAAAGAGGCAUCUGCGAUUGUAAAAAUCACUGUGAGUGGAAUCACAGAGCUUCUUAGGCUUUUCUCUUCGCCGAUCAGUAAGAGAGUUGAUGAAAUUAGGGACAAUCAGGGAGAGGAGUUUGUGGUUACAGGCGUUGAUGAGGUUGUAAAUAUCCUGAAAUCAGAUUAUGAGAAUGCCUACUUUGUUACUGGGAUAUUCACUUCUGCAAUUUAUACUGACGAUUGUCUUUUUGAAGAUCCAACCAUCAGAUUUCGAGGCAAGGAGCUGUAUUCCCGGAACUUAAAGUUACUUGUUCCCUUUUUUGACUGUCCAUCAAUCCAAUUACAAACAAUUAAUAAGAGUAACAAAUCUGGGGUUGAAUUUGUGCUGGCAGCCUGGAAACUAAGGACAUACCUGAAACUUCCAUGGAGGCCACUCAUUUCUAUUGAUGGAAACACACUCUAUGAACUUGAUGAAGAGUUUAAAAUAGUAAGGCAUGCUGAGAGCUGGAGUGUUUCUGCACUUGAAGCAAUUACUCAAAUAUUCAUCCCUAGUUUUGAGUGAGACUGAAAAUUGAUUUGUAGAGAUCGUGUUCCCAAAGCCUGAUACGCUGUUGUCACUCUGCAAGAGAGUCUCGUCUUUUAUUCGGUAUCUUGUUCAGUCGUUUUGUACUCAUAUGCACAUAUAGUCUUGUAAAUAUACUCAGAAUUAGAGCAGGUUGUGUGUUUUUGGACCAAGAAGACUAUACUUUGUGUUUAAAAGUCUAUGUAAAACCUAUCUUUAUGUUUGUUAUAAUAUGGGCUGCACUUGAAUUCUUUUAAUA